AAUAAGGACCUAAAUGGUCCAGUCCUCGUUUUCCCGUACUUUCUCGGAUAUUUUUUUCUCCGUUGAAUUUAGGGUUUCUGUUGUGUGGUUAAUUUAGGGGUUUUUAUUUGUGCAUCUUUCGCGUUGCUUUUGUUUCGACGUGUGUGAAAUUAGGGUUAUACUCUAUAUGAUUAAGGAGAUCAAUUACGGUUCUUGAGAAGCACAUCUUGCUACUUAUCCACCUGAAACUAUCGAUGCCUCCACGGACCGUGAAGAGAGGUGCCGCUGCAGCGGGACCAAAGAGGACGGCGAGAACCUCGAGAGGGGCGGCCAAGGGACAGAGUCAGCAGCCGGAAGCUGCUGAAGAGCCUCCAAAGGCGGAGGAGAGCCCCGCAAUUAAUGAAAAUCCUUUUUUUGAGGAUAAGCAAUUUCUUGAAAAACCAAUUUCCGAAGAAAACCGAGGUUUGGAAGAUGAAAUUGGAAGCAAAUCAGAUGCCAAUGGCUCGGCUUCUUUGAAAAAAGGGGAAGAUGUCAAGGAUUCUGUUGAGGAGUAUGAAAAGGAUGAGCGGUUAGAGCUUGAUGACAAUGAAACUGAGUAUGAACCUGAAGAAUAUGGUGGGGUGGAUUAUGAUGAUAAAGAAAUUGAACAGGAUGAAGUUCAGGAGGUGGAAGUUGGUUAUGAAGUGGAGGAAGAACAUGAGGAGCAUUUAGUUGAAGAAGAGGAAGAAGGUGAUCUAGUUGAGGAGGAAUUGGAAGAUGUUGUUGAAGAACUUGAGGAGGGUGAAGAGGAUGAUGAGCAUGCUGGUGAGGAGGCGGAUCAUGCUCAGGUGGUUAAUGCAGAGGAAGAGGAGCACCAUGAAGUUUUUAAAGAGAGACGCAAGCGUAAGGAAUUUGAAGUCUUUGUUGGAGGCUUAGACAAGGAUGCUACAGAGGAUGAUCUUAGGAAAGUGUUCACUCGAGUUGGUGAGGUUACUGAAGUCAGGUUAAUGAUGAAUCCCCAGACCAAGAAAAAUAAAGGAUUUGCAUUCUUGCGUUUUUCAACUGUGGAACAAGCAAAAAAAGCUGUAACAGAGCUUAAAAAUCCAGUGAUUAAUGGGAAACAAUGUGGUGUUACUCCAAGUCAAGAUAGUGACACCCUUUUCUUGGGUAACAUUUGCAAGACUUGGACGAAGGAAGCUUUGAAAGAGAAGUUAAAACAUUAUGGAGUCGAGAAUGUUGAAGAUGUGACACUGGUGGAGGAUAGUAACAAUGAGGGAAUGAAUCGGGGUUUUGCCUUUUUGGAAUUUUCAUCUCGUUCAGAUGCCAUGGAUGCUUUUAAGCGACUUCAGAAGAGAGAUGUUUUAUUUGGGGUUGAUAGGCCUGCAAAAGUUUCUUUUGCUGAUUCCUUCAUUGACCCUGGUGAUGAGAUUAUGGCACAGGUGAAGACUGUGUUUGUUGAUGGUCUGCCUGCAUCAUGGGAUGAGGAUCGUGUAAGGGAGCUUUUAAAGAAAUUUGGGGAGAUUGAAAAGAUUGAGCUUGCCCGUAAUAUGCCAUCUGCUAAGAGAAAAGACUUCGGAUUUGUUACCUUUGACUCACAUGAUGCUGCAGUGACAUGUGCUAAAAGCAUUAAUAAUGCUGAGUUGGGUGAGGGAGACAACAAGGCUAAAGUAAGGGCUCGGUUAUCAAGACCUCUUCAGAGAGGAAAAGGAAAACAUGCAAGUCGUGCGGAUUUCCGGUCUUGGUAUGGAGGUAGAACUGCCAGAGGUCCAUGGGUCCGUCCAGUAAGAGGAAUUGCUAGCCGUGCUGCUCCAACCAGUGUGAAGAGGCAUGUGGGAUUGAGAGAUAGACGUCCACCUGUGAUGUCAAUGCCAGUAAGAGGCAGGCCCUUGCCACCUCCUAACAGGACCUAUGAUAGAAGAGCACCGGCUCCAUCUUACCCAAAGAGCAGCCUAAAGAGGGAUUAUGGUCGGCGUGAAGAGCUUCCCCCUCCAAGAAGCAGAGCUCCUGUUGAUUACAGUUCCAGGUCUGUUGCUGAAAGAAGGCAAUCCUAUAGAGAUGAUUACUCGUCACGUGGUUCUGGUUAUUCAGAUAUUCCUAGAGGUACUUCUCGUUCUUCAGCUAGGAGAGCAUAUGUAGAUGAUGGCUAUGGUCAAAGGUUGGAGAGGCAUCCUCCAAGUUACCGUGAAGGACGUGCUCGUGAUUAUGACUCUAUUUCUGGGUCAAAACGUCCAUAUUCUGCAAUGGACGAUGUUCCUCCACGUUAUGCUGAUGGUGGUGCUGGUACUCGCCAUUCAAGGGCUCGAUUGGACUAUGAACUCGGCCCCAGUGCUUCCCAAUAUGGGGAUGCAUAUGGUGAUAGAAUUGGGAGAUCCAGUGUAGGAUAUGGUGGCAGCAGAAGUUCUCUAUCUAGUCAGGAUUCUCAUGGACUAUAUACCAGUCGUCAGGGUAUGGGUUAUGGAGGUUCUUAUGGUGCCAAUGAUGUUGGUGGAAUGUACCAAUCAAGCUAUGGUGGUGACUACAUGCCUCGUGGCAGUGAUGUUGGCAGUAGGUCUUAUUCAUCUAUAUAUUCCAGUCGUGGCAUGGGUAGCAGCAAUUACAUGGGUUCUGGUGGUUCAGGGUCAUACUACUGAGAUUUGACAUGACAAGGGGCUGCUCUAGGAUGUGGGCUAUUUGAAGCUUAUGCAUUAUGAGGCUUACGUAUUUGGAAAGGGCAUGUUGUCCAGUAUGAUAGCCUCUAUAUAUUGUGGAAAUUGUUGAGCAAAAGUUUUAUAGUAGAGAAAAGGCUGCUUUGGUUUAAUCUUGUUUUAGAUCUUCAGACUGGAUAUUUGUCAAGUCCUAAGUUCAUGAUGUAUGGAAACUUCCCUCUCUUAGAGAUGAAAACAAGAAUUUCUUAGUAUGAUAUGUAUGAAUUUGAUCUGUUGUUCUCUA